CGACCCCACAGCCAUGCCCUGCAAGGCGCUCGCCCUCUGCCUCCUGGGGCUCCUGGCUCUCUCCUCUGCUUGCUACAUCCAGAACUGCCCCAUUGGGGGCAAACGUGCCGUCCUGGACAUGGAGAUCAGGAAGUGCAUGCCCUGUGGUCCCAGGAACAAGGGCGGCCGCUGCUUCGGUCCCAACAUCUGCUGCGGAGAAGAGCUGGGUUGUUACAUCGGCACCUCCGAAACCCUGCGGUGCCAGGAGGAAAACUUCUUGCCAACGCCCUGCGAGUCGGGACACAAGCCCUGCGGCGGCAGCGGAGGCAGCUGUGCCACCCCCGGAAUCUGCUGCAGCAGCGAGGGCUGCGUGCUUGAUUCAUCCUGCGACCAAGAAAUGUUGAUUGCAUAGACCACCCCGGAGAGAAGAACCUGCAGGAUUCCUUAUCUAUCAAGCCGUACCAGCCCCGAAUCAAGCCAAGAACAGAUGAGCCAAGGUCUGUGACUCAGAUUUCAGUGAAUGAUCUUAAUUAGAAAUAAAACUUGUACAGAAAAAAAAAAAAAAGUCUCUGUUUUUCAUGUUCUUGCCUGGUUUAGGUACACUUGGGAGGGCUGUCUGGAGAGAAAAAGCCAUUUUUAGGAAAGCGUAGAUAAAAAGCAAGGAUUUAGGGCUGAUUCCUGCAGCUGGUGUUUUAUCUGAGUGAGGGAGGGCAGAGGGACCUGCGGUCAAGCCUGCCUGGGCUCUGGCUGAAGCACAGCAAACUCCAGGCUGGUGUCAGGCAGCCCAAAAACGACCACACUAAGCCAGAACCGCCAAAGAGGACCCAGAGUAAUUACAGUAUUAUCUACAACGUAAGCCCCAGGCGAUGAGUACCAUAAGGCUGAAGGUGGGGGGGCGGGGGGACACACAUAGAAGUCAGUAUCAUUUAGCCAUCCUCUGCACAGAUUUCUCAUUUAGCCACACCAACAGAGUGCAAAGGAGGGUUUAAAGGAUCAGCAGGUCCUUACACCACAGCAGAAACCAGAAAGACAAUUAAUUCUUUCCCCUAUCAGCAAAGAGUGAGAGGUCAGUGUUUCCUACGAAGCGAU